AUGGCGAACCCUUCACAGCGCACACCGCAGGUGCCCCAACAUGUCACCGCACUUCUCUCCCACCUCACCUCCCGCCCGGGAGUCCAAUCCACCCUGAUCCUCUCCCGCAAAGACGGAUCUAUCAUCCAAAGCACCGGAAUGCUCGCGAUCCAAGAGACCGCAACCCCGCAAAAGACACCACUGGCACCAACCGCAGCCGACCAGAAUCCGCUCGCCCAAUCUUCCGACUCAUCCCCUGCCUCGCCCGCCGCCCACUCCCCCUCCACAUACCUGCCAUCGCAAGCAGAAACUCUGGCCGCGCACAUUUUCGCGUACGUCUCCAGUGCUUCCGCUCUGGGCAUCUCGCUCUCAAAGCCUAUCACCCAGACCGGUGAGGGACCCAAUGCGACGGCGUUGAACGGGUACGGGACAUAUGGAAACGGCACGAGGACUCCACAAGAAGACCAGGAUGCAGACACGGGAGACCGUGAUGAGGAGGACGAAGUGAAAUUACUACGUAUGCGUACGCGGAAACAUGAGAUCGUCGUCGUGCCGGAUCGGAAGUACUUGCUCUGUGUUGUGCAUGAUGCCGCGUAUGCGAGUACUGGGGCUGGGGCUGCUACUCGCACACGGUAA